AGAGCAGAGGUGUCAAGCAGUAGGUGAGAGACAGGGACAAUCUCACGACCGGAUGACUGUUAAGUCAGAACUCUAAAGGUGUUUCCACAGGUUACACUGACAGUUACUGGCUGUAUUUUUCUGGUUUCACUCUUUAUGGAUUUGAGUUUAGUUAGUUUGAUUUUCUUCAUUUUUGUUGUUGAUAAAUUUGCAUUUUAUUUACAUAUCCGUCUUUAAAUCAGCUUGUCUGUACAGUUGAAGAGGAGUACAUAGGGAUAAGGCUGGCUGCGUUUUUCAAAAGAGUUGUCCCGUCUGUCACUCGGACGUUGGUCAUAAACCUUUCUGUGACCCUUUUUCUGUCUCGAUUGGGUGUCCUGUCGUGAUUCGGUCAUGAGUUCAAAGAUAGUGAACUCUAACUCAACCCCUGGAAAGCCAAGCACGAUGGAUAACCUAGCCGACUGCACUGGUGCCGGCUUGGACCUCAUUCAGAAUCGCAUUGAGUCUCUGAGCAGUAAGAUGGACAGGCUCAUCAACAUCCAGGAGAAGGUCCUCAAUCGGCUGGACGGAAUAACCCAGGACAUCGAUGGUAUCGAGAGGGAGGUGGAAACUCUGAAGGUGGACAACGAGGAGAUCCAUAUACCUGCAAGAGCCCUAACUCUUCCCCUGGCUCAAACCCAGGGUACAGGUGUGGUGAGCGAGGUGAGAGAGAUGUGUCAUGAGAUGAGCUCCAUCAUGAUGGCGUUGGACCAGCGCUCGGAGAAGCAGGCUGAGAAGCUGGACGGGAUGGAGAAUCUGGUCCUCAGCAUCCAGCAGGUCAUCAGAUUCAUCGGGGAGACGGUGAAGAGCUCCCGGGUUAUGGAGAUGAUGUUUAUGCAUCCUGCAGCACGCAAGGCCUCCAAGUCCAAAGACAGUAAGAGCAAGGUGGACGUUAAGAGGCAAUCGUCUGCAGAAAAGAGCGAGAGCUCAGUUACUAAGAAGACCGACAAGAAAACUACCUCUACUAAAGCCACUAAAGGGACUCAAGGGAUGAUAACCACUAAAUGUGAACCCAAACCUAGUAGACCGGAGACCACUCACAGUCACAAGACAACAAAGCUCCACGGACCAAAGCAUUUUCUCACAAUCCGCAAACUCUGCGGAAACUUUUCAAAAGAUCACAAGGGGAAGGAUGGGAAGGAGAAGUCCAGUCUGAGCACAAAAUGUCUGAAAACACAGAAGAAGAAACCCCCAGAUACAGCAGACACCAUCUCUCUGAGGAAGCAGGCGUUGCUGCUAAAGGAGGUUCAGAAGCUCAACAAGGAGAAUGCAGAGAGAUCAUCAUCAGGUCACCAGCAGCAGCUUACCCCUGAUGGCGUCUUGGACCUGGAGGCUGGAUCUGGAAGGGCCUCAGAGGGGUUGGGGUCAUCACAGACUGGGUCCCUCAGCCCGAACCUGCUGGACUUGAUCCUCAAGGGCCCCAAGGCGCCCGUGACCGAAGAGGAGUCAUUGUCUGAGGAGGAGAGGGAGGCAGCAGGAGAUGGACUAAAAGUGGAGGAGAGGAAGGAGGAAGAGGAGGCCAUAAAGAAGCAAGAGAAGGAAGACCACCUCAGUGAAUCCAAGUUCAAGGAAGAGGAGCGAGAGGAAGAACUGUUGAAAAUCACAGAGCAGCCUGAGGAGGUUAGAGGAGCAGAGGAGAGAGAGGGGAACAAAAAGUUGGAGGACAGUGCAGGCCCAUCAGAAGCUGCUGAUAUGUCAGUUAAAGAUCUCCCUCCUCUCCCACCCUCCCCUGAAGCUCCAGGAGAGACUGGCUCUAUUCCAGAGAGGUAGAGUAUCCCCUCUACCCUCCUCAAUCCCUUCCUAUUUAUUUUAUUUGAUGUAUUUAUUUGUUUCGUUCUCUGUCUCUCACUCUCUGUCCCUCUCAUUCUCUCUCUUUAUUUCUCUCUCUACUUCAGUACCAUUCACUCUGUGAUGCCUGUCUUUCAAAUACACACACUAAUUUCUAAAAUAAACUCAGCAA